GUUUAUGUUUACAUGCUUAUUUUAACAAGAAGGCAAGGGACGUUCGGUGGCAGCGGGGGCAGAAUGAUAGCGGAGCGCCUUAGUUAAACGUCCAGCUCUUGUGUGGGAGAGGUGACAUGUAGACAGGUCCCGUUUAGCUGUGGCCCCGGGGGAAUUCUGGGAGUUGUAGUCCCGCAAUCAGUGUGGUGUAAAUAUUUGUCAGCACACCUCUGAUUUUCACAUAAGGUUCAUUUUUUUUUUAUUAUUGUUAAAGAAAGAUCACAUCACAACAGAAGAGUGAAAGUGCAACGUUUCGGAGCCUCUCAGGACCCCAUCAUCAGUGUGUGGGCGCAGAGGGCGGCGAAGAUGCUGGUGGCCGUGUCGGCGGAUAGGAACAAGGAGCCGAUCCUGCAGGUGCUGCGGCAAUAUGUGAACCCGGAGGUCCCGGUGGUCCGGGUGCUGGAGGUGGCCUCAGGCACCGGGCAACACGCCGCCCACUUUUCCCAGGUGCUGCCCAACGUGCGCUGGAUCCCCUCCGAGAUGGACCAGCGCUGCCUGAAGAGUAUUUCUGAAUACAUCAGUAAAGGAUCUCUGAGCAAUGUGGAGCAGCCUCGUACUCUGAACGUCUCUCUGAACUGGGAGACCUGGGGACUAGCGCCAGACUCGCUUCAUCUCAUCGUCUGCAUCAACAUGAUUCACAUCACAGAGCCCAGCUGUACCAAGGGUCUCUUUAAUGGAGCGGGCCAUGUGCUCCAGCCUGGCGGUGUGCUCCUGACCUAUGGGCCCUACUCUGUUAAUGGCAUCCUCUCCCCUCAGAGUAAUAUCGACUUUAAUCAGAGUCUGAAAAACAGUAAUCCUGCCUGGGGGAUCUGGGAUACAGCAGACCUGCAAAAGCUGGGGAAAUCCUGUGGAUUGACAUUGGAGAGAAUGGUUGAUAUGCCAGCAAAUAACAAGUGUUUGAUCUUCCGUAAGAUGUGAUCGCGGGUCACCGGGGAGGAAAGCAACAGGCCACCCGCCUU